CAAGCGUUGACGUUUGACGUAGAGCUGUACGUGUAUCGUUGUCUGCCAUUAACGUUAACGUAUAAUCAUUCACCGAAGAGUGUUGAUCAGAGGUUAUUUGAGUUUUCUUGGAAUAUUAUUAAAUGUUGUUGGAAUGAGACACCACCACCGACUAUUUGCCACUGUCUGUUGCGUCACAUUCACGGUACUGUUCGUCUGUCUGUACGAUGUCUAUGUGAACGACCUGAGGUCACCGAGUCAAUGGCCCGCGUCACUUCGAUUGGACAAGCAUCAGCGCAAGUUUAAUAAAACUGAAGUUAAAAGCAAGAGUUAUGAAUCUACCAACAAAACAAUUCGCGCUCAACGUCAUCUAUCAGCAAACAACUUAAAAAGAAGAACAUCCACAGAAAUUCCCAUCAUUCCUACAACUUCCGGUUUCGUAGUAAGGUCACGUGCUCAUAUCGUUAUCAUCGCAUCAUACAUGCGCAGUGGGUCCACUUUGACUGGUCACCUUAUGCAGCAUUUUCCGAAGACGUUCUAUGUGUAUGAGCCUUUCCACGCCCUUCAUAUAAGAUCAAGAGAAGGGAAAACUGUCACCUAUUUAAAUGGAACACAAAAGGCUGUGGGUGCAAACGUCCUGGAUAACAGACAGCUAAUGCGGGAUGAGCUCAUGAAAUGGCUUGAUUGUCGCUUAGAAGAACUCGACGCUUAUUCUCUUGCUGACAAAUUCCAUUUAGAAUUCAGUACUUCAAUGAGAAAAUUUGCAAAGUGUUGGCAGGAAAAACGAAAAACAAUCAAGAGUCUAAGGAAUUGUUUGCCUGUAGCUAAGAAAUUGUGUGAAGAGGCCACGACAAGAUUGUUCAAAUUUAUUCGGAUACCUUUGGAUUUAAUUGAAUCUGUAUUUGAGGAAUAUCCUAAUCUCCAAGUGAUUCAUUUGUUACGUGAUCCAAGAGCUGUGUUAAGGUCACAGGUUAAAGUUAAGAAAAUCACGUGGGCGCAAAUACCACAAAAGGCACGUGAACAUUGCACUCGCAUCUCAGAUGAUUUGGCAAGUACUUUUACCAUGCAUAACCAAUAUCCGGAUAGAGUUAAAAUUUUGCUCUAUGAGAGGUUAGCCGAAAAUCCAUUAGACGUAUCGAGCAAAAUGUAUACAUUCAUUAACAAACCCAUGUACAAGACAUUAGUGAAAUAUAUUGAGAAAAUUACCAAGCAAAGGGCAAGUGCUGCCAGUGGUUCUUUCGGAGUGUUAAGUGUGAAUUCCACGAGGACAGCCUACUCGUGGAGAGACGAGCUAAAUAUAACAAGUAUUCAAACUAUAGACACAUAUUGUGGAGAAAUAUAUUCAAAGCUCGGUUACCUAAAAUUUUCAAACGAAAAAGAUGCUAAGGAUCACAAUCUUCCAACAUUGAGGGCGCCAGAUUUUAAUGACAUCUUUAUAUAAAACAAGUUGAUAAUACGAGUAGGAAUAUUUAUAAGUAAUAAAAGGCCACUGCCCUCCCC